AUGCAGUUCCGUGCGCCGUCGUUCCAUGUGACGCAGGACGAUACCCAUGUCACUGUACAUGUUUCAACACAGGACGUACAUGCGAAGGAGGCACGUACUGCGGCUGAGGGCCGCACGUUUGGCUGCUACGUGGAUCCUUUCUACCUUCCAUUGGUCCUCCCUUGCCCCGUGACGACCUUGCAUGAUACCCUCGCCCUGCAACCGAACGUGUCAUCGGAGGCCUGUAUGUAUGAUGAUACCACAAAAACACUGCAUAUCCGCCUUGAAAAGGCCGAAGCUGGCCAAGUGUUUCCCAACUUGGACACACUGCAGCCGCAGUUGUUGUCGGACGAAGAGAUGCAGCAAUGGGAAAAAGAUGCCGCCCAGCAAACGGAGUAUGCGUAUGGCUUAGAGCAGACACGGGCGCCUAUGCCACGAACCUUGCAAGCCAUGGCCGAUGCGGGCCAGUUGCCCUAUCUGGACAUCGUUGAUCCUGGCUCGAUGACCGAUGCACAGCGCCAAGCGGAAGCGGACGCCAAAGAAGUGGCCAAGUGGGACGAAGGCAUGUACUUGGACAGCUACGUGGAUAUGGACGGCGAAGUAGCCGGUGUCCUACGUGUCAUGCCUACCAUACUUACACGGACCGACCUGCCGGCCGUUCCCCCGCGCUCCUCCUCCAGCGCGGCCGAGGUCCUCUCGACGCAGGCGACGGCGCUGCUGGUCCAACUCUUGUUUGCGUACAUGUAUGAAAUGCAUGUCUCCUACAAUGAUCCCUCCACUGAAUCCGCGUGGACCCUCUGCAAACUUUGCCGCUCUUUGUGCUGCAGCAGCGAUCCCCAAGCGGCAGGCACUACGCUUCCGACGGUGGUCCGUGCAUGCUACCGCCGUGCAUUGACGUACCCCUUGUACCGAUCCUGGGCCUUGUGUGAGCGUGUGCGUGCCGACAUGGUGCAGUGCCUACGUUCCGAGAAGGUGAUAGAGCGAUGCCUUGCGAUCCUCCAAGAGGUGGACGGUAUGUUUGCCUUGGCGCCCAGUGGGACAGGCCUCACUGAGCAAACGGAGUUGGUCCUCCAUACUGUGUGGCAGUGGUGGAUAGCGCCCUUGCAAUCCUGGCUGCCUACGACUACCGCUGCCCACUGGGCCGAGGUGGCAUCUCAGCUUUCUGCGCCUACCAAAGCGGAGGUGGGCGAGCCGGGCGGAUGGGAUCUCGAGGCGCUCGAACUCGCUGCCCAAGCCGCGCUGGCCGAAGGGGAAGGCGGCUAUGUAUAG